UCAGAUAUUCAGUCGCACAGAUAUUCAGAAAAAAAAACAUCGAAAAAGAAACAAAUACGAGAAGGGAAGAGGACGCACAGGCACUGAUAAAAGAUGAGACCCAGAAUAUAAUAAUAUACAGGAUACAGGAAGAUCAGUCACCUGUUUAUCCACCCACUGCGUAGAUCACUUACAAAGUCGAAUCCCCAGGAGUAACUGGACAUAUACAGUGUCGAACGCGUGCUACGUACAAAAGAGAACCGUCAAAAUGUUAACUAGCUAUAUCCUUCUGCUCGUGAUAGUGGAGGUUGCUAUGCUCGCCCACUGCCUCUGUCUCCUUACCCUAGCCCAGCCUGCCAUGAGGAAAAGGAAAUAUUGCUACCACACAGCACUGGCAGUGUCUGAUUUCCUGCAGAUGACGUUCCUGAUUUUCACUGUGGUUUAUGAAAAGAAUCGUGACGAUAUGGGACCUCUCACGGUUACGAUGGAAUUCUUCUCGCUAAAUGGAUCAUAUGCGGUCUUUCUGCUCGCCCUCGACACGUAUAUCGCCGUAGUCCAUCCAUCGGCUUUCCUGUCCACGCAGACGAACAAAAUGUACAUGCUCCGGAGUCUAGGUGUUUUGCCUUUGGUUCUCCUCGCCUACAGCUUUAGCCAUGUUGACCAGUUAGUAUAUCUUUCUUACGUGAUGCCCCUUUUGGUUAUCCCUUAUCUCUGCUUUGCAACGGCCAGGAGGCUUCGGGAACUUAGUUUGAACUUCGCGCGCCAAUAUUCUCGAAGACACUUGGAAAAUAUAAAGUUACUCCUCAUGAUGGUUUUCAUAUUUUAUCUUGAGUUUGUGCCGAGUCUCGUGAUGAGAGCUGUAUCCCGUAAAGAAAAUUGGUUUCAUUUGGCGAAUAGCUUCGUGAACCUCCUGGGGAAUGUCGAUACUCUCUUUCUGUACUACGUGUACAAAAGUGAGUUCCGGUCAACUUUUCUUGGCAUGUUCGGAGUUUCUAGAGCCCUUUCCGGCCCAGCCUCUACAGCCCCGUCCGACGCCGCCGACGUGGACCUUCAGAACUGCAGCGCGUUCAGUGCCGCAGAAGGCCAGCCUUCGAUCCCACACGAAGGGCACGUCAGAGAUGCAGUGCAGGACGGUGGCCCUCCAGUCGAGGUAUCUCAAGCUGCCUGAAGACAUUCAGCUGGA